AUGGAGCCACGAAGUUUUCUGAAAUUGAUGAAAAUAUUACUGACAAUCACAUAUCGAGCUGGAGCCUUUGUAAAUGACUGUAAGCUGCUUGGAGAUAUUGAGGGUUACCCUUCGAGCAAAAUAUGCGCUGGAGGAAUGAGUCUUGGACGAAGUGUCCUUAUAGAUAUGUAUGACACCAACGAUGUCGGUCUGAGCACGUGCAGUUGCACCGCUUUAAUAAUUUCUCCCUCGGGAACAACAUCUUUGUCACUCUCAAGUUUCCGAGAUCUUGGCCCGAAUUCUGGCUGUAAAUCAUCUCUAGAAAUUCAGAGGGGAACAGGAGAGAAGAUCGUCGGUCAGUGUAAUUAUGUAACCGGCAGUUUAACUGUACAAGACGGUGACGUCAUCACGGUCAUCCUGAACAGGCAGCAACAGAGUGAAUCGAGAUAUUGUUUAUCAUUAACACUAGACAAUUUAUCAUCGACAAUCAACGCUACAUGUUCAAAUGAUAUAGCAGCCACGCCACCACCUACAACAACUCAAUCUACCACACCUGCACCUACAACUCAAUCAACCACACCUGCACCUACAACUCAAUCUACCACGACUAAACCUGCAACAACUCAAUCUACCAUGCCUAAACCUACAACAACUCAAUCAACCACACCUGCACCUACAACAACUCAAUCUACCACGCCUGCACCUACAACAACUCAAUCUACCACACCUAAACCCACAACUCAAUCAACCACACCUGCACCUGCAACAACUCAAUCUACCACACCACCACCUACAACAACUCAAUCUACUACGCCACCACCUACAACAACUCAAUCUACUACGCCACCACUUACAACAACUCAAUCUACCACGCCUAAACCUACAACUCAAUCUACCACGCCUAAACCUACAACUCAAUCUACCACGCCUAAACCUACAACUCAAUCUACCACGCCUAAACCUACAACUCAAUCUACCACGCCUAAACCUACAACUCAAUCUACCACGCCUAAACCUACAACUCAAUCUACCACGCCUAAACCCACAACUCAAUCUACCACAACUAAACCUACAACAACUCAAUCUACCACGCCUAUACCUACAACAACUCAAUCUAACACACAAACGUCUACCACACCACAGCCUUUAAAUAAUACAGUGCCUGCCUCGUCGCCUUUUUCUACUUCCGGUACGAAGUCAGAUGGAAACAACGAGGAAGGGAUUGAUACCAGCCACGACACCCUAAACAUCAUCAUCCCGACGAUAGUAGGGGCAUUCGUACUCUUUGUUCUGGUGCUUGUCAUCGUAGUACAUUGUCGGAGUAAUAGGAGAUCCACUUCCUUGUCACCUAAAUCCUUCUCUAACCCAGAAUACAAUCGUUUUACACCACCAAAGUUACCGUUCACCCAUGCCAGUCACAACAGCGACAAGGAGGAUAUGAAGGAGAUUAUUACUUACGACCAGUCUAGCUUGGAGGACCAGUCGUACUCGGCUGAAAACACCCGAUUGGACUCUGUACCUUAUCACACCAAUACAUGUGAUAACCCUCUGUUUGACAACACAACAAAUUCAGAUAUCAGUUUUUCAGAAAGCAGCGCAUCGGCUGUGCUCGGCGACAAACGUUCAACCGGAAGUAGUCUUCAAUCUAACGAAGCAGAUACCACAACAUCCGGCCAGGAAGCUCCUUGUUAUGCAGUUGUAAACAAACAGCGAGGAAACAAAAUGACCUAUGUACAGAUUUAAUGUUUGAGAUAAUGUUAAAAUAAUAAAAUGUAUAUAUAGUAAACCGAA